AUGGACGCGGUGCUGCUGGAGCACUUCCCCGCGGGGCUGGACGCCUUCCCCGCCGCCUACUUCGACGAGGAGGACUUCUUCACCGACCAGUCCUCCCGGGACCCGCUGGAGGACGGCGAGGAGCUGCUGGCCGACGAGCAGGCGGAGGUGGAGUUCCUCAGCCACCAGCUGCACGAGUACUGCUACCGCGACGGGGCGUGCCUGCUGCUCCCGCCUGCGCCCCCGACCGCCCCGCGCGCGCUCGCUGCGCAGCCCUCGGGGAGUCCCGGGGAGCCGGAGGACGCUGGCGGCGGCUACUGCUUCGAGGCAGGGGCGGCCCCCGGCGCCUUGGCCUUCUCACCCGGCUCCCCAUCCCAGUGCCUGGCCUACCCAUGCGCGGCUGCAGCCGUGCUGUCCCCCGGCGCACGGCUGCGGGGCCUGAGUGGGGCGGCGCGGCGGCGGCGGAGGGUGCGCUCGGAGGCGGAGCUGCAGCAGCUUCGGCAGGCGGCCAACGUGCGCGAGCGGCGGCGCAUGCAGUCCAUCAACGAUGCCUUCGAGGGGCUGCGCUCGCACAUCCCCACGCUGCCUUACGAGAAGCGCCUCUCCAAGGUGGACACGCUGCGUCUGGCCAUCGGCUACAUCAACUUCCUCAGCGAGCUUGUGCAGGCGGAUCUGCCCCUGCGCGGCGGCGGAGCGGGUGGCUGCGGGGGACCGGGUAGUGCAGGGCGCCUGGGCGGGGACAGCCCGACUGGCCAGGCUCAGAAGGUCAUCAUCUGCCACCGGGGCACGAGGUCUCCUUCCCCCAGCGACCCGGAUUAUGGCCUCCCUCCCCUCGCAGGUCACUCUCUCUCCUGGACUGAUGAAAAACAACUCAAAGAACAAAACAUCAUCCGAAGGGCCAAAGUGUGGACCCCAGAGGACCCCAGAAAACUCAACAGCAAAUCUUUCAACAACAUAGAAAACGAACCGCCCUUUGAGUUUGUGUCCUGAAAGGGCCAACACUCGGCUGGGGAUCUAACUGUGACCGAGCAUACUGUACAUGUAAAUAUCUAUGAUGUAAAUGUAACUUAAGAAUGAGAUUUUUCUAAUGGCAAUCAACUGUUUGUUAUUUAUCUAUUUAUUAUUCUGUUGAGUUAAUGACAUAGAUGAUUUCUUUUUAAAUAUAUAAUUUAUAUAAUUUAUCCCGAUUUUCUAAAAAUAUGCAAUAGCCUAUGAUUCCCCAGCACCUUUGAUGGAACCAUGUUAUUGGUUGGAAGAACCCUCUGGCCAGCAGACUUCAUGCCUAUUUAUUGUCAAAUGUGGUUUACUUUUCAGCGUUAAUAAAUGCUAUUUACAUCUU